AUGGAUGAAGUCCACAAUUUGCUACCAUUUAUAUUUUCACCCCACAGUCGCAACCAGAAGAUUGCUAAGGAUUAUAUUCAAUCUCUAUAUGAUGGUGUUCUAAAGAAAAGGGUUAGCCUUGAGCCGCUGAGAUGGAAAAACGUGCUGCUUCUGUUUUCGGGCCUGGAGAUCUCCACGAACGAGCUUGCGAUUGUUGAACAGAUCUAUAAUGAAACAAAGGCUCGUGAACCAGCAACUGAGGGUAGUAAACAUGAGUUGGUGUGGAUCCCAAUUGUGGACACGUACUCUAAAUCUAUAGAACCAAAACUAAAGCAGUUUGGGAACGUGAGAGAAAGCAUGCCAUGGUAUUCAGUGUAUCAUCCUUCAUUGAUAGUCAAUCAAGUCAUCUCGUUCAUCCAGAGAGAAUGGAAAUACAAGACUAAGCCAAUUCUUGUGGUUUUGGACCCACUAGGGAGGGUUUCUUCAUCUAAUGCUUUUCACAUGACGUGGAUUUGGGGAAGCAAUAUUGCCUAUCCUUUCACAAACUCUAGAGAACAAGCUCUAUGGCAGGAAGAGAAUUGGAGACUUGAAUUGCUCGUAAAUGGCGAUGAGAUAUCCAACUGGAUUAAGGAUGAAAAAUACAUUUUCUUGUACGGAGGGAAUGAGUCUGAAUGGAUAAGUAAAUUUGUGAAGGAAGCUCGCAGUGUUGCAGAGGCUACAAAAAUAUCCCUAGAGAUGCUAUAUGUUGGGAAAAGCAGCAGAAGGAAGCAGGUGCAAAAUAUCGUUGAUAUUAUAAAGCGUGAGAAGCUCAAUACUUCAUUUCUGCAAGAUCAAGUCAUGAUACGGUUGUUCUGGACCCGUGUUGAGAGCAUGUUCUUCUCCAAGCUUCAACUCAAUCAAACUAAUGAAGAAGACCAAGUGAUGCGGGAAAUCAAGAAGCUUCUGAUCUAUGACAAACAAAGUGGGUGGAUUCUUCUGGCAAGAGGGUCUCAUAUUGUGGUCACUGGGCACGCCACAACAGGGUUGCAAACCUUGGAGGACUAUGAGAACGAGUGGAAGGAACAUGGUGAUAAAGAUGGGUUUGAAGCAGCUUUUAAGAAUCACUACGCCAAGCUUAGUUCACGUGCUAGUCCUUGCAGCAAGUUUGAGGUCUCUGCAGAAAUUGGGGAAACCCCAGAGAAGCUCACAUGCCCUGAGUGUAACCGCCAUAUGCACGUGUUCACAAGCAUCCAGUGCUGCCACGAUGGAAAAAUUGAUGAGGAUUUUUCUGUCAGCACUGUUACUCCUCCUACCAUUUGA